AUGCCAACAUUCACAGCUAUAGCUUUUGACAGACUGAUAGGACCAGGAGCUGAAAAGUCUGUGAUGCCGGUGAUAAAUGCUUCUGACCUCGCUAGGAGAAAUAGUACUCCAGACUCAAGUCUUGAUAGGAGAAUCAUUUCUCCUAGUUCGAAGCUAGAGAGGGGAGUUAGUGUUCCUCCUAAUCCAAAGCUCAAUAGGACAAAUGGUUCAUCAACUAUGGCUGUUGUAGACCAAAGACACAAUUGGACUCAAAUCUCGCCUGCACUCUAUGCUACACCAGAGUCAACUCCACUUCCUGAUGCCCCGUCUUCAUUUCCUCCAUCUCCUUAUAUCAUUAAUCACAAGCGGCGGGGGCCUCGACUCAUGAAGAGUUUCUCUGAGGAUGAUGUUGCGACUCACCAACGAGCUGUGAAUGAGAAUAAGUUCAAUGAGAAUGGAAAAAAUGUUGAAAAGGAGCUUGUAGGCAUAGCUAAGGAUGACAGCUGUGUUCAUAAUGAGCCUGUGGACUCUUUCGAGGAUAAUAAUUAUACACCAACCAUUCCCAAUGGUGCCGAGGAGGAUCUGAAUGGUGUGUUUGAUGGCGAACAUGGAAGCAGUGAUUUAACCAAUGGUUCAACUGUUAAAAAUAGUGCAGUGAAGUCUGUUGGAUUUAAUUUGCAGCGAGAUAGUGAGGUGGAUGAUUUCUUUGAUACCCAGGACUUGAUGAGUGUUAAGAGCAAUAGUGAAAGUGAGGGUAUUGGUGUAGCAGAACGCUCUUUGAAUUCAAUAACACCAACAGCUGAGUUUUAUGAUGCUUGGGAAGAAUUGUCAUCAGAGAGUGGGCCACAGCCUUCAAUUCCUGAUAUUGAAACUGAUUUGUGUGAAAUAAGAUUGAGUUUGUUGAUGGAGAUAGAGAAGAGGAAGCAAGCAGAAGAAAUCCUUAACGAUAUGCGAAACCAAUGGAAAAGUAUCAGGGACCAGUUAUCUCUUGUGGGGUUGACACUCCCGGCAGAUCCAACUACUUUGCCAGGGGGUGGACAGUCAGGUGAUUCUGCAGCAGAUCUGUGCCAGCAAAUCUUUCUUGCCCGCUUCGUUUCAAAUUUAAUUGGGAGGGGCACUGCGAAGGCUGAAGUUGAGAUGGAGAUGGAAUCUCAGAUUGAGUUGAAGAACUCUGAGAUUGCUCGUUUAUGGGACAGGCUACAUUAUUACGAGGCUGUGAACCAGGAGAUGUCUCAGAGAAACCAAGAAGCUGUAGGUGAGGUCUCUAAACCAUAA